AUGGCCACGAAGCAAAUUCAGAUGUAUCAAAGCAUAACGGCGGUUAAGAAGCCCAAGGGAAUUGAUGAUGAUAAAGAAAAAGAACUCAAUUUUGUCGAUGAUCUGCUUCAUGAUAUCUUAAUAAAUCUACCUGUAAAAUCUCUUGUACGUUUCAGGUCUGUCUCUAAAACAUGGAAAUCUCUUAUCAGCGACAACCGUUUCAUCACAGACCAUUUACGUAUUCACCAAAGCAACACUAUGAAGAACUUAUGUCUUCUCAGCAGAAAGAAUUUAGUGUACAAUUGGGUUCUGACUAUCGACGAACUCGAAAAGCAUAAGAAACGUGUAUGUGAUCGUCUUCUUCUAUGGAACCCUUAUACCGCUGACUGCAAAACAAUAUCGUUACUUGACCCGAAUAACACUUUUCCUGCCGAGGUUUGGGAAGCUUUCGGGUUCGGGUAUGAUUCUUCUACUGAUGGCUACAAGGUUGUAAGAGUUCCUUCUUGGGCAUUUUAUCGAUCAUUUUAUCGAGCUGUAAGCAGAAACCGUAGUGUCUAUGUGAUGAGUCUCAAGUCAAAUUUAUGGAGAAAAUUAGAUAUUGAGUUUUCAUAUUUUGUGUCUGAACGCGCACAGGCAAUCUCUACUAGUGGAAGCUUGUACUGGUUUGCCCUAAUUCCUCGUAUGGCUGAUAAUUAG